CUUUCACCGGGUCUAUGAUCUCUCCGAAAAUGGUAGCAGCGCACUCCUCUGGCCAUUCCUCUGCGUCUGCAGAUUGGAUUAUUUGCCUUGAUAAAAGACCUGCUGAACGCUCUGGGGAAGAUGUGGACAUCAUCCUGGCCAGGCUGAAAUGUGUGAAGGCCUUUGAGCAGUUCCACCCUAGCCUUCUACAGCAGAUAUGCCUGUGUGGAUUCUACGAAUGUCUAGAGAAGGGUAUCACGUUAUACCGUCAAGGAGAUAUUGGUACCAGCUGGUAUGCUGUCAUCUCUGGCUCACUUGAUGUCAAAGUGUCAGAGACAGCAAAUCAUCAGGAUGCUGUCACAAUCUGCACUCUGGGUAUUGGGACAGCAUUUGGGGAGUCGAUCCUGGAUAACACCCCUCGGCACGCCACCAUUGUCACCCGGGAAUUCAGUGAACUCCUCCGCAUCGACCAGAGGGAGUUCAAGUCUCUGUGGGAGAAAUAUCGUCAGUGCAUGGCUGGACUGCUUGCCCCACCCUAUGGAGUUAUGGAAAGUGGUGGACGUAGCACUGACAGAAUGUCUGACAAAGAGAACAUAAGCAGCAACUCUUUUGGAUCCAUCUCUAAACAUCUGAAUAAGAAGUCAUUAAUUGAAAGCCCAGCCAAACUCCGUCCUAAAUCCAUUUCUCAGGUCCCAUCUGAGAAGAUCCUGCGAGCAGGGAAGGUUCUCCGUGAUGCCAUCCUCUCCAGAGCUCCCCACAUGAUCCGAGACAGGAAGUACCACCUGAAGACAUACAGGUGGGUUGUAGUAUCUCAUGUACAGUACCAUGUACACCGGCUACUCUCAUUGGACCAGGAGCUGACCUUCCAGGACAAGUAUCUUUUCUACCGUUUCCUGGAGGAUGAACAGGAAGACGCUCCCCUGCCCACCGAGGAGGAGACCAGAGAGAGCGAUGAGGAGCUGCAGGAUACCCUCCUCCUCCUCUCCCAGGUCGGCCCUGAUGCCCACAUGCGCAUGAUCCUGAGGAAACAUCCAGGACAGAGGGCAGCGGAUGAUUUGGAGAUCAUUUAUGAGGAGCUGCUUCACAUAAAGGCCUUAUCGCACCUAUCCACCACUGUAAAGAAAGAACUAGCCGGUGUCCUGAUCUUUGAGUCCCAUGCCAAAGCAGGAACAGUGUUGUUCAAUCAAGGGGAGGAAGGCACGUCGUGGUACAUCAUUCUAAAGGGCUCUGUAAACGUUGUCAUUUAUGGAAAGGGGGUUGUUUGCACGCUGCAUGAGGGAGAUGACUUUGGGAAGCUUGCUCUGGUCAACGAUGCCCCCCGUGCCGCCUCCAUUGUUCUACGAGAGGAUAACUGCCACUUCCUACGUGUGGACAAGGAGGACUUCAACCGGAUCCUCAGAGACGUGGAGGCCAACACGGUGCGUCUGAAGGAACAUGAUCAGGAUGUUCUGGUCCUGGAGAAGAGCCCCAGCAGCAUCCAGACCUCCACCCACGGCACCACCACCACCCCCUCCCACUACAAAUACACUGUGAUGUCAGGGGCACCAGAGAAGAUUCUGGAGCACUUUCUGGAAAUGAUGCGACUGGACUCUCACCUCAAUGAAUCAGACACAGCUCUGGACGACUUUGUGCUCAUGCACUGCGUCUUCAUCCCUAACAGCCAGCUGUGCCCGGUGCUCAUGGCCCACUACCACGCUGAGGCGUCCCAGGGCUCAGAACAGGAGCGUCUGGACUACACAUUGAACAACAAGAGGAGGGUGAUCAGGCUGGUGCUGCAGUGGGCCUCAGUACAUGGAGAUCACCUUCAGGAGGAGGACGCCUCACUAGCCUUCCUAGAGGAGUUCUUUGUGUCUGUAUCUGAUGAUGCCAGUGUGAUUCCUGCUCUGAAAGAUCAACUCCCAGAGUUAGAGAAGCUAGUUAAAAACAGCUCUGACGAUGCCAGAUCCUCGCCACAAAAGCACAAGGUCCUGUUGCGGCAGUUCAGCAUGGGGGAUGAGAAGCUGCAGAAACGACAGCCCAUCAAGAGUAAUGAUGAGAUCCUGUUCAAAGUGUACUGCAGCGACCACACCUACACCACCAUCCGGGUCACCGUGGCCGCCUCGGUCAGAGAGGUCAUCAGCGCAGUGGCCGACAAGCUGGGGUCAGCGGAGGACCUCCUCCUGGUCAACCUCAGUUCGGCCGGAGAUAAAGUGGUGCUGAAGCCCAACGAUAUUUCAGUCUUCUCCACACUCAGCAUCAACGGCCGUCUGUUUGUCUGCCCCAGGGAUCAACUGGAUUCAUUGACACCCUUGCCAGAGCAGGAAGGGCCCUCCACUGGCUCCAUGGGCAGCUUUGAGUUAAUGAGCUCGAAAGACCUGGCCUACCAGAUGACUGUCUACGACUGGGAACUCUUCCACUGUGUACAUGAGCUUGAGCUGAUCUACCAUACGUUUGGGAGGCAGAACUUCAAGAAGACCACGGCCAACAUGGACCUGUUCCUCAGGAGGUUCAAUGAGAUCCAGCUGUGGGUGAUCACAGAGAUCUGUCUGUGUACUCAGCUCAGCAAGCGCGUUCAGAUGCUCAAGAAGUUCAUCAAGAUCGCUGCCCACUGUAAGGAGUAUAAGAACCUCAACUCCUUCUUCGCUAUCGUUAUGGGCAUGAGCAACCCAGCCGUGAGCAGACUGAGUCAGACCUGGGAGAAACUACCCAGCAAAUUCAAGAAAUUUUACAGCGAAUUUGAAAGCUUAAUGGACCCGUCCAGGAACCAUCGGGCGUACCGGCUCACUGUGGCCAAGCUGGACCCACCCAUCAUUCCCUUCAUGCCGCUGCUGAUCAAAGACAUGACAUUCACUCAUGAUGGAAACAAGACGUUCAUUGACAGUUUGGUCAAUUUUGAGAAAAUGCGAAUGAUCGCUAAUACAGUGAGGAUCGUGAGAUACUGCAGAAGUCUACCGUUCAGUGCAGAGCCGUCUCAGACCAGUAAGAACCACCUGGACGUGCGGAGCUACGUGCGUCAGCUGGCUGUUAUUGACAACCAGAGAACACUGUCUCAGCUCUCCCAUAGACUGGAGCCUCGCAGAACCUGAAUCCUCCCUGGACACUGGACGGACACUGGACGGACACAUGUCACAUGCUGCUGCUCUACUGCCAAAAAAGAAGCUUGCUUUAUACAGUAUGUUAUACCAGUACACACACAUACCCACUCUGCUACAUAGAACCUCACGUUAUUACAUGUAUAGUCAAGUAUCAUUUUAGAUGCUACAGAGUUCAUCAGCGCCACCUUCAACUGUAUUUCAAAUGUCAGUAUAAUUUCCGCUUCUUUGUUUCCUUAAGUGUAUUGUUUCAAUUUUUGUAAACAAUGGGCAACAGCCUGGUUUAAAUUUCACAGCAUUUUCAAAUUCAUCUCAUUCUUAUGUCCCUGAAGGUCUAUUUGAUACUUUGAAGUCACCUGCCUCAUGAAAAGGACUCAAUGUAUAAAGCGAAAGGAUCUUUUGGAAAUAAUCAUCCAUUAGAUUGUUGCACAAAUCUAUGUCGGGUUGAUGUUAGUUAGGAAACUUUUCAGAAUGGAAACAUUGGCUCUUAUUUCACUUCCUGACCUCAUAAAUUGCAAAAUCCUAAUAUUCAGUUGUGGUUUCAUAUCUUUUUUGUAAAUCAGAUUAUAUUUAUACAUAUUUUAGUUUGUGGCUUUUUAUUACACGUUGUACAAUGUAUUCCUCUAUUUAUUAUGACCUCAGCGUGCAAUGAUUUGAGAUGUUGGGCUGCAUAUAUGUGAGCACAUUCCUCUAUAAAUAUCUGUGAGGUAACUAUUGUCUGCAAGAUUUUUUGCCAUGUUUAUUCUGUAAAUAUUAAAAACGAAUUAGAUGUA